AAAGACGGUGAGCAAAUCUGUAACGAAGUAUAUGGUUACAUUCCCGCCAGUUUGGGAAGUAACAAAGUGCAGAGAAAGUUGGGUCAUCUCCUACUGGUGAGGUAUGAGCUUCACACAUCGCUCCAUCGCAACGGUAACAUUUCCCUAUUUCCCACUAAACCCUCCUACUCCCAAAACCCCAAACUUCACUCCCCUUCGUUCAUUCAACAACAACAACAACAAAACCCUUAUUUCUGUAAACCCUAAAUCAAGCUUCCGAAUUAGAGCUUCCGCCGCCAGCGAUAAUAGCCAACCGCCGUGGUGGGCGAACCUGUUGCCCGCCCAAGCUUUGGGAUCCGAUAAAGUUCUCAGAUUGAUCUCCGGUGCCACCGCUAGCCCCAUUGGCCAGUACGUGUCGGAACCCGUCACUUUUCUUCAUUCUCUCGACCCCAGAGUCAAAUUGGUUUGGCUUUUGGCUCUAGUUGUUUUACCAGCGAGGUCACACAUAAUACUUCGUUUUGGAUUAGUUGUUUACUUGGCCAUUUUGUCAAUAUGGGUUCUGCCGAGACAUGCGUGGAUGGAUCAAUUGGGAAGAGUGUCUUUAAUUUCUGGACUUUUGUUCAUUAUGCUAGGGCUGGGUGCAGAUGGCGCACCAGCCCUUGUUCAGUUGAGAACUCCUCCUCCUGCAAUCACAGGAUUAUCAAAUCUUCCUGCAUCUCUGGCAGGCUACUCAUAUUUAAUUUUUAAGCUAGGACCAAUACAGUUUACAAGGAAGGGCUUGUCUGUAGCAAGCACAGCUGCUUGUUUAACCUUUACGGUUUUCCAAAGUGCGAGCCUUUGCCUAACAACCACAACCCCCGAAGAACUUGCAUUUGCCUUGCGGUGGUUUAUGCUCCCUUUGACAAAUCUUGGAGUUCCAGUGGCUGAAGUUAUUCUUACACUCAUGCUUUCGUUGAGGUUCAUCAGUCUUGUGUUUGAUGAGGUUCGUAAUGUUGCAUUGGGGAUUGUAUCUCGUAGGAUAGACUGGCAACAGUUAACAAUGGUGGAGACAAUUGAUGUUUUCUUUGCCUACUUCCGUAGGAUCUUCAAAAAUAUUUUUAGCCACGCAGAGCAGAUUUCACAGGCGAUGAUUGCAAGAGGUUUCAGAGGGGACUGCAACACACAUAAAAUGUACCUGUUAUCAGAUCCAUCCAUUGGUAUAGCAGAUGUUGUUUCUUUGUUAUGCCUGGCUGGUAUUAUAGGUGCUGCGGUUUGGUCGGACUUUCUUAUUUGAUGCACAGUGCAAUUCCUUGGCUUCAAUCCUGUUACUCUGUCUCUGGCUGAUCAAGUUUAUUGACAGGGAUCAAAAAAAAAAAAAAAACUGUUCAUAACAUGGUACCAUAAACAUGUUCAGGUCAUCUGUUAGCUGUGGAAGCUCUGUAUUAAAGGCGAUCAAUCUUUGCGAUGUAUGGAAAGAUGAUUCAUCACUCAUGCAUCAGCAAUUCCUGCAGAGAAGUAUGAGAGGUGCUGCCUUGCUUGUAGUAAAAGCCAAGAAUGCUGCACGGAAAAGAUCGGUGAUAUAGCUGUAUUCUUGAACUCUAGCGUUCAGGCUAUGCUGGCUAAACCAAAACAGGCAUCCAACUACUUACAGUGGGGUGGAUAGUUGAAGUAAUUAUUGAACUUGUUGUAGUCGGAAACUAAACAUUUCUUAUGGUUACGUUUAUUGUACUGUAAUACUGGGAAGUUCAUCUUCCUUAAAACCCAAUAAGAUAAAUUCAUCAGGGAGUUGGUUCCA